AUGGCCCCGACUCCACUGAGAAUCAAGAUCAACGCUCUUAAUCGUCUCGUUAAAGAGGAAGGAUUAUAUCUUCAAGAAGCCCAGGAACAAGAGAUUCGAAUUCAGGCUCUGAGAGAAGCUGGAGCUGAUGAAUAUGAGAUUAAGAAGCAGAUUGAGGUUUUAGAAGAUACUAAAAAGAUGGUCCCUGAGAUCCGCAAAAAGAUCCAGUCAACACUUGAAGGUUUAAAGGCAGCUGGUGAAUCGGAUAACGAGGAAGACAAUGUUGCUGCCAAAGAAACCAUUAAAAAAGUCGAGGAAUUUCUCGCUUAA